UUUCUUCCAUCUUAUUUUACCAAUCGCGUUGUGCCACACAAUACAUGGCCUGUGUUCGGUUUGACGAAACGUUUGCAGGAGAGUACGUUGUGUUUUUUAUUACAUUGAAAAAGAUUGAAACGAGCGUGUACCCAUGCUCAGUGGUUUAAAAACGUUCAUCCCUCUUUUAUCCGGCUGAUUUAUUUCGAACAUACAUAAAAAGUAANUCUAAAUAAUCUAAUGACAUCCAUUUUAUGGUUAUUAUUAAUUACUCUUGCCAUUUUUAUUAAUACUGGCAAUGGAGUUGCUGUUAUGAGUAUUGACAUUGGAAGUGAGUCAAUGAAAGUUGCCAUUGUUUCGCCUGGUGUUCCUAUGGAAAUAGCUCUUAAUAAAGAAUCAAAGCGGAAAACACCAGUUACAAUUGCUUUCCGAAAUGGGGAAAGAACUUUUGGAGAAGAUGCUCAAGUAGUAGGAAUUAGGUCACCUCAAAAUAGUUUUUCUUAUAUAUUAGAUCUUCUAGGAAAGUCAAUAGAAAAUCCAAUGGUGCUACAUUACAAGAAGAGAUUUCCAUACUAUGAUAUAAUUCCUGAUUAUGAACAACACACAAUUGCAUUUAAACUUAGUGAAAAUGUUACUUAUACACCAGAGGAGUUACUUGCACAAAUUUUACAUAAGGGAAAAGAGUUUGCAGAGAAUUCAGCUGGUCAAAAGAUCAGUGAAGCGGUAAUAACUGUCCCAGGAUUUUUUAAUCAGGUGGAAAGAAGGGCUCUCAUGCAAGCAGCAGAACUUGCUGGGAUCAAAGUGUUGCAGCUGAUCAAUGAUUAUACUGCUGUUGCAUUGAAUUAUGGAAUUUUCAGAAGUAAAGAAAUAAAUGACACUGCUCACUAUGUAAUGUUCUAUGAUAUGGGGGCAAGUAGUACAACUGCAACAGUUGUCAGUUAUCAGAAUGUAAAAACAAAGGAGAAGGGAUUUGUUGAGACUAAUCCACAUGUUACUGUCUUGGGUGUUGGUUAUGAUCGUACUUUAGGAGGGCUAGAAGUGCAAAUUAGAUUGCAACAUCACUUAGCUAAAGAAUUUGAUGCUUUAAAUAAAACAUCGAGUUCAGUAUUUACAAAUCCAAGAGCUAUGGCAAAACUUUUUAAAGAGGCUGGCCGUGUUAAGAAUGUGUUGAGUGCAAACACAGAGCACUAUGCUCAGAUUGAAGGACUAGUAGAUGAACAUGACUUCAGAGUGCAAGUAACUAGAGAAAAAUUAGAACAACUUUGUUCUAAUAUAUUUGAGCGUGUCACAGAUCCUAUUAAGCAAGCUUUGAAAACAUCAGGUUUGACAAUGGACAUUAUAUCUCAGGUAGUCUUAGUAGGAGCAGGCACUAGAAUGCCAAAGAUACAAGAACAUUUAAGCCAGUAUUUAACAGUAGAAUUAUCAAAAAAUAUCAACACUGAUGAGGCAGCUGUAUUGGGAGCAGUGUAUAAAGCUGCAGACCUUAGUAAAGGCUUCAAAGUGAAGAAAUUUGUUACUAAAGAUGCAGUACUCUUCCCUAUACAAAUCACUUUUGAUAGAAUUGUUGAUAAUAAAGUGAAACAAGUUAAAAAGUCACUGUUCAGUAAAAUGAAUCCUUAUCCACAAAAGAAAAUAAUCACAUUUAAUAAAUUCACGGAAAAUUUCCAAUUUGAUAUUAAGUAUGCUGAAUUGGACUAUUUACCUUCUAAUGAAGUAGCUGUUAUUGGCGACAUAGAUUUUGCUACUAUAACUUUGUCUGGUGUACCUGAAGCUUUAGAGAAACAUGCUAAGGAAGGAGGAGAAAGUAAAGGAAUUAAAGCUCAUUUUGCUAUGGAUGACAGUGGCAUACUUAAUUUGCUGAAUGUAGAACUGGUAUCAGAAAAAACGAGUUCAGCUCCUGAUGAAGAAGAGGGUACUUUCUCAAUACUUGGCUCAACUAUUAGUAAACUUUUUGCAGGCUCAGAAGAUAAAGAUAAAGAAACGAAAACAGAAGAAUCUUCGAAGGAAGACGUAAAACCCGUUCAUGAAGAACCGGAAUACCCUGAAAUUCAAAAAGAAUCAGAAGAUAAGACGAAGAAAAAGAAUGAAUCAGCAGUUACAGAGGAUAAAACGGCAAACAAAACUGAAAAGACGGAGAAAGAGAAAAAGUCUACUAUUGUAACAAUCAAAGAACCUAUUAAGGCUGAGGAAGUCAAAUGGGGACCUCAGAUCCUUUCCGGAGAUAAGUUAACCGAGUCUCGUGAAAAAUUACGCCGUCUGGAUGAAUUCGACUUUGAGAAAACUAAACGUGAAACGGCUUUAAAUAACUUGGAAACAUUUAUAAUUGACGCACAGCAGAAAUUAGAUUCCGAGGAAUACAAAGUUGCUUCCACCCCUGAAGAAACAGAAAAUAUAUUAAAAGCGUGUGCGGAAAUAUCUGACUGGUUAUACGAGGAUGGAUUCACUGCGUCCGCAGAAGUGUUCGAAGAAAAAUUAGCAGAACUUCAAAAAUUAACUAGGGACUUGUAUGAACGUGUCUAUGAAUAUACGAAAAGACCAGAAGUAUUAAAAGGCAUGACUUCUAUAUUAAAUGCUAGCACAAAAGUUUUAAGUAAUAUGCGUAACUUAAGUCAAACAGGUGAUAUUUUCACUCAAGUUGAGAUUGAAAUGUUAGAAAAAGUAAUUAACGAAACUCAGGAAUACUAUGAUAAUGUUGUUAAGUCUUAUGCUGAAACGCCUCUCCAUGAACCGGUGAAGUACAAAAUUCGUGAUAUUACAAACACAAUGGCAGUACUCGACAGAGAAAUGAAGUAUCUUGUUAAUAAAGCUCUUAUUAAUAAUAAGACAUGGAAACCGAAACAAGAUGCAACAACGAAUCAGACGGAAAAUGCAAAUGAAAAUGCCACAGAUACGAAUGACGGAUCGCAGGCUGAAACUGAUUCAAAAUCAACAAGCGACUCUCAGACAGAGAAGCUCACGGAAGAAAGUACAGUGUCCGACAAUGAAGAAGUACAAAAUGAAAAGCCAGUAGAGGAAGAUGCAUCGGAAGACUCGAUACCAGAAGAGAAAGAGACUCCGUCGAGUCACGAUAGUGCCCAAGAAGGGGCGCAUCAAGAACUUUAAGGAAAGGAAAUUUAUUUAAAAGUGUGUGACUUUUUAUGAUUGACCGAUUGCGCUUCGGUUGAUAAAUUAGGCAAUUUACUAUGUUGUAGGGCAGGAUUACGAGAUGCAUUUAAAGAAACCUAAAUCAAAGUCACGAAAUUGUAUUAUUGUCGCUGAACGAAUUAUUUCGCAAAUGUGAAUAUUGAAAUGUUGUUCUAUUUAAUUAAAUACGUUUGUAUGAGAGUCUAUGAAAUCAAUUUAUUCAUUUCUUCAUACAGGAAAGUAAAUAAAAUCGAUACUUCACAGUGUCUCACAUACAGAAAACGAAAACAAUCGUAAUGUUUAUAUAAAGGAUUUUAUGUUUUAAGUGCCAAGUAGUUGAAAGCUAUUCGGGAUUGUAUUUAACAUGAUGUAAAUUGCGAAACAAUUUCAGAUAAUUACGACACAAUCAAACAGCACUGUAUUUUGCAGUAGAACAUUUCUUAUUGAAGUCAUUAUUUACAAAUGACAAAAUAUUCUACUUGGUCAGAUUUCAGUUCGUAUGAAUACAAUAUUUAAUUGUGAUACUUCUUGAUACUAUAUUCCUAAACAUGCUGUACGCUAUAGCUUAAAGCUGAUUUUUUUAUCAACAUCUACAUCGAGCGUCAUAAUUACUUACAUACAUACAUUCAUACAUACGAGGUGAUGUCUUUAUCAAUAAGAAUGUAAUGUUUUACUCUGUAUUGUUCAUUCCUGAUUAAUUCAUCCUCACUACAAGAUGCCUAACUUCUAUGAAUCGUACGUGUGUUCCACUGUACCGAUAGUAUAAUUCAUUUUAGAAUAUGAUGCUAAUAUACUGAAUUUUGUAACUGUUUAAUGUAUACUAUUUAUUCUAUGUACUCAUGGUACUAAGCGAGCUAAAUCUGUUUCUAAUCAUGUUAUUCAAGAAUUCGAUAAUCCUUUCGAAUCAUUCCAAUGAUUACAUAUGUAAUUUAAAGUCCUCGAUUGUGUUAUUAUUAUUAAAUUUUGGGAAAAUAAAACAAUGUGUAAGAUAUUAAUGAAAUUAGUACUGAUAUAAAUCAGUGCAAUGUCUUUGGAUUAUAUUAUUGCAAAGAAGGCAUAGAUAUCUUACAAAAGUCUUCCUAUAGUCGACACAAUUUGAUCUUAUUUAUCUUACGGUAUUAUUUAAGACAGUGUUAUUAUUAAUUAUGUACAAUUCGUAUAUAUAUUUUAAGGAAAUAGAUAUUUAUAUACUGUACACGUUAUUAUUAUUAAGAUGUUUUUCUUUCGCUUGUUUUUGUAUUCCAAUUAUUAGCAUUGGUAUUGAUCACGUUAAAAUGAAAAAAAAAUU